GUCACCGAGGGGGGGACACUCUUCUCCACAACAACUCACACCAAAUGAAGGAAGUCAUAUCCAGCUGAAGAUGUUCAAUGGAGCCUCUACUUUUACACCUCUAUUUCUAAUUUCUACUCACUAUAAAGGACCGGAAAGAGAGGCAACUUAAAUGACAACUGAAGUUAUCCGUGCAUUUUUGAUACCUAGGGCAAAGUGCCACACCUUCGCUUAGCGCAACAGCUCCACCACACAGCUGGCCAAAUGGGGUGCCAAUGCUGCCGGAUGAUAAAAAGCUACAUCUACGACCCGUCUACGGCGGUGGAUGUGAGGAAGACGGACUCUGCAGGCAGCUCGCUCUACCAGCCGCACCACCUGCCCGGCAGCGACCCGCUCAGCAGCCACAACAAGCAGAAGCAGGGCUUCAACAACCUGGGCUACAGCAAGUCCAACGACAGCACGCUGAAACUCGAGGUGGACAACAACCAUGUCAACCACAAGCUGCACGCCGCGCCUUCACCUGCAACGGAGCUGCACAGGCAAGCGAGCGCACCGCCUGCAGACGGAGGCCUGUACAUCAUCCAGCCGGAAGCUGUAGGGCCCAGAUGGGUGAGCCAGGUGCCCGUUUACCCCGACAUACAGGACUAUGAGAACCAGGGACGCAGGGCGACCAGGAACGAGUGGGACAGCUCCAUCACCGAGUGCGUGAUUGGCAGCGAUAGCCAAGACGAGAUAGACGAGGGCGUAGGAGGGACGCCGGAGUACCCGUGCGACACGGGGGACGAGGGCAGCGUCCUGUCUGUGGACAUCCACACCAGCACCACCAGCCUGUCCUCGGCCGACACCAGGGACGAGCUCAGACCGCCAAAGACUCCGGACGUUUCCACCAUGGAGAGCGGGAUCUCGAUGACGAAGAGCGAGGACGAGAAGGAGGCGAGGAACGAGGACGAGGAGGUGCAGAGCGUCACGGACUCGAUGGUCGCCGAGGCUCUCGCCGCGCUGGAGGCCGCCACCGCCGGAGAGGACUGUGAGUGACAGACAUAGCUCUCGCUCAACACACCACGAAACAUGAAACAUUCUCGUGUUUUAUCAAAGAACAUGCAAAGAAUGAAGGAAUUUAUUUUUUGAACUCAAACUCUCGGAUAUUUUUUUAUCGUGGUCACACUGACAGAAUGUCCGCGUUGUGACCGAGGGAACUUUUCCGGCGCCACAAAUGAACAGACAAGUAGACUAUGAAUCUCGCCUGCAGCCAUAUCCGUCUGUUAAAUAAAGUGUAUUUAACACUC